GAACCUUAUUUGACUGCACAUUCAUUUUCAUGUAAAAAAAUUUGAUUGAUUAUGCAUUGUUGUGGUUAGAAAAACCUUUUCGGUCCAAAGGUGGAAUGAGUAAGUAAGGAACCAAAGUAUCGUGAGUUGUGAGUUCUCGUUCGUGAUAUAACUUCCCGAAAAAACUGCUGAAGUCUCCCACGGUGCUCCCCCCCACACAUCAGUACGGAAUCCCAACGUUGGUGGGAAUCGGAAAGUCACAACCGAUUGGCAUUGUGAAUUCAAAAACAGUCAAGACACAAGCUGAUCAUGUCAACUAGAUCUAGACAACGAAGAGAUUCUGGUAAUAGUGUUGGGAGUGCAGCAAGUGAACCUGCAAUUACUAGAAGUCGCUCCACUACUCCCUUCACAUUGAGAUCACAAUGUACACGCCAUGGUAGUGAAUGUCCAGAAGGUCAUGGUUUAAGCUUUAGAAAUCGUCUCAGCCCUUCUCCUAGAAGCAGUAGCAAGAAAUCACAUAGAAAAGUUGCUAUUGAAAAAAAUGGAAACAUUAGAAAAAAUCUUGCCCUUAAUCUUGAAGCACGAUUUCAGUUGGAUCAGCAUGAAUCUCCUAAGACCCCUAUUGCUUUAGUUACAGAAAAGUCAAAUAAUCAGACCAGCGAUUAUUCAAGUGCAGAAGAAGAAGGAGCAAGACCAACAAGUGACACCCCCAUCUUCCUUUCUUCUACUCCUCUGCAUACUAGUUUGAAGACCACUCCACUUAAAAGGUCUGCUGAGAAAACAGAUUUCACUUAUGCAAAUAGUUACAGCUACAGGACACAAGUAACCCCAGAAAGAGUGAUUUGCAUGCCAAACAUGACAAGACGGUCAAUUGAAAGGUGUCAUGGCUUUGGUUUCUCAUCACCGGAACUAAGACUGGGCUCACUUGGAAAAACUCCAGAUUUAAAUACCAGCUAUAGAAAUGCUCAUGAGUCUGAUGAUGAAAUCGAUGAAACAUACCACCUGAAGACACCACCUAAGAGCUACAGAUCUGCCGCCUACUGUUUCUCAAGUGUUGCUUUUUCCAAGCUGAAGGGAAUCGUAUUAAGCCUUGCAUGGUGGAUUUACCUCAUCACUUGCUACUCUUUAUUGCUUGAUACUUGUGUUCUCCAAAGUCGAGGAAUAACCAAAUUAAGAAAUCUAUGCAGGCAACAGAGCAAGAAUAGUCGAAAUCUGCUGAUGCUUUUCCUCUUUUUGCCUCUCUGCUUCUGUGCAGGUGGAUUGCUAUAUUCUGCUUUGCAUGCCUUCAUUACCCGCGCAGAAGAUGUCCCCUCUAAUACCUUAGUUAACCCUUUUCCAACCCAAGAUUUGCUUCCGACUUUAAAUUCUUUAUCAGACUCGCCGUCACCAAUGUCCAACCCUGUAGUAGAAUCGCCGUUAUCCAUUAUCAACCCCAUAACAGAUUUAUCGACAUCGACUUUAAGUCCUGUAGAAGUUCCACUUCUCCUGUCAGAAGAUUCAUCUUGGCAAGAUUUGAAAUACGAAUUGAAGAUAACGAAGGAAGCGUAUUCUGCUUUAAAACAACAGGUCAACGCCUAUGAUGGGAAAAUAUCAAGUCUAGCCUCUCAAGUCGAAUUGUUUCAGGGUCAGCUGAUGAGUGUACGCACGGCGGAGAUAAAAGACUGUUGUGAUCAGUCUCAUCCUGAUAUGCUUGAACAGCUUGUUGGAGCCAAAUUUGCAUCUUUAAUUGGAUCGCUUUCUCAGCAAACUGGACUAAAUGUAGAUGAUGUCGCCACUACAGUUUCUAAGUUGAACGGGGCUCUGAAAGAGCUGAAGGACCUCAAAGAAUGGAAACGUAGCGCAGAAGACAAAGAUGAAAAAUGGGGCCAUGAUAUUUCAAACAUGCAAAAUAGUUUGAAUGAAAAAGAACUGUCGAUGCUAACACAGAUAGGAGUCCUUAUUGAAGAAGCUAUUAAGCGAUGGGAAACUGAUUCAAAGCCCGCAUUGAUUCACAAAAUGAAAGAAGACCUUAUUGCUGAAAUUCGCAGCCAAAUCAAACUUGUUAAUGCCAAUUCUGGACGAGGGCUCAGCAAGGACGAAGUAGAACAAAUGAUUCAUUCUGCAUUGGGUGUAUACGAUUCCGAUAAAACUGGCUUGGCCGACUUUGCCCUUGAACCAGCGGGAGGAGUAAUAUUAAGCACUCGCUGUACUGAAACCUACAAUUCUCACCGGCCCCGACUCUCAAUAUGGGGUUUUUCGUUAUGGAGUGAACCGAACAAUCCUCGGGUUGUCAUUCAACCUGGAAUUGUUCCAGGGCAGUGCUGGUCUUUCCGUGGCUUCGACGGAUAUCUGGUGAUCCAGCUUUCAAGGAAAAUCGUCCCAACGGCUUUCACUCUAGAGCAUAUACCUCGAAGUUUGGCGCCCGAUGGUCAAAUCGAUUCUGCUCCACGAAAUUUCACCGUCUAUGGCCUUACAAGGGAAGUGGACAUCGCUGGCGUGGUACUUGGUCAGUAUACUUUUGACAAUCUUGGCGUGCCGUUGCAAAGCUUUCCAGUUCAGGCGCAUGAACCAGGAGCGUUCUCUAUUGUUGAACUACGGAUUCACUCUAACUAUGGCAACUUGAAUUAUACGUGCCUUUAUCGGUUUCGUGUACAUGGCCAUGUAGCUUAGAACAUCGCCAUGUGCCUUACCAGAACCUAAUCUGGGAAACAACGACUUAUCUCGUCGCUACCUUAUCUCUUUUAAGAACUGAUAAAAUUGUACAAAUGUUCGUGGUUACGUCUUCUAAUGCUAUCCAGAAGUAGAAGUUCCAAAUCAACGAGAUUUUUUUUUGGAACUCUAGUCUUUCAAGAAAAUUGAUGUCAAGGUAGAAAAAUGGUGCUGUGUGAAAAAUGUGCUGUUUUGUUUUUGAAUGGUUUAAAAAAUUAACUAGCCCUAGUCUGUUUGCUUUGCUUCUACUAACAUUGCUGUAUGCUUGUAUGUCCUUCUAGAAAUCUAGUGAAGUCGUUUAACCUUUCUGAUUGGUGAAUCCGAUUUGUAAAAUUAAAAUAAAGAAUAAUGAACUGGA